AUGGCCGCCGAGCGCCUCACGGUUCAUGCGCGUGCUACGGUCGUGGCCGAUGCGGAUCUCUGGGGCGAGAUUGAGAUCGGGUCUGGCACGGUGAUCCAUCCUCGCUGCAAGAUUGAUGCGAGCCUCGGGGCGAUCCGACUUGGGCAGAACUGCGUGGUCGAGGAAGGGGCCGAGCUGAUCAGCACGCCGUCCGGCAUGACGGUCGGCGACGGCAACGUGUUCCGCGCGCGGUGCCACGUCUCUUCGUCAACGAUUGGCAACAACAGCACGUUUGAAAGCGCGUGUCGCGUGUGGGCCAACGUGACGGUCAGCGACUUUUGUACGGUUGGCGCGGGCUGCCAUGUCGGUGCCGACGGCGUGCCCGACGCGCUCUCCGAGCGCACCGUUGUCUACGGAUACGGUGCGCGGCGUGUAUGGAGUGGCGAAGGCGUUGGGCAGCAGCUGGCGCUCCAUGCCAAACACCUCGUCUACCUGCGGGACACGCUGCCCCGCGCACACAAGUUACGUAUCGUUCGAUAG